AUGCUCUCCAAGAGCUUGAUCGGAAUCGCAGGACUCGCCGCGCUCGAACAGCACGGCUCCCCACCCUCCCCCGUACUCACUGCCAUCCCCUCCACUCUGUGGACCUUCCCAAACUCAACUGCUCGCGCCUAUCGCUUGCCCUCCGGAUCCUCCGUCAUCGCACUCGAGUUCAACCCCUCGCCCUGGGAUUUCUCCCUCGCCCCCGUCAAUCAGGACCUCCUCCCCAGCCUCCCCAAGCCCCCCCAAGGCGCAAAGGCAAUCGCUAACUCCCUCCGCGAGCUCCACGCAAUCCUCCCCACCCCCGCUUUCCAGGACCUCCUCCGCUACAUACACUCCCUCCCCCCCGAUCAAUCUCUCACCCUCACCGGUUGGGAGUUCGCCGCCGUGCUCGCACAGCUCCUCGCCCUCUUCAUCCCCAGGAACCCUGGCUUCAACCUCAUCUCCUUCGGAAAAAUGCCCCCAGGAAACAAGAUGUUCGCUCAGUGGUACAACAACAUCCUCCCCUUCCAGUUCUCCUUCCACGCCAAGGGCGACAUGCUCGGUCCAUACUGCAGAAAUAUCACCCCAAGGUCCAACCCUGACUCCCUCUGGGAAGAUAAGCCCCCCAUCUUCCUCGAUAACGCAGAAGACACCCCCUCCCCCCCGCACGAUGACCUCUCCCUCCACGACAGGAACUACUACAGGCGAUGCUGCUACAGCCUCCACAGGUCCAGGUGCACCCUCCCCCCCAAACCCUCACUCCUCCUCCCCGCCGCCGCCUCCAGGAUCCUCAAGCGAUUCUUCCGCGUCGUCGUCCAAGACAAGGGCCUCAUCGCAAACUCCCGAAAGUUCAAGGCCUUCGGAAUCAUGGACCACGAAUUCUCUGCCCUCUCCGAAGACCAGGCCCUCACAAAAAUCUACCAGAAGCCCCUCUUGGACUGCUCAAAGAAGUUCUUCGUCAUGCUCCGCUACGUCAUCAAGGCCGCUGAGAUCAACUGCGACUCCCACUACCCUCCCAGGCAAACAAAGCGCUCCAAGACUCAAGCCCCCACGCAGCAGCAGCUCCCAACCCCAAACCAGGAACCAAAGCACGAACCAAAGCACGAACCAAAGCACGAACCAAAGCAGCAACCAAAGCAGGAACCAAAGCAGCAACCAAAGCACGAACACAAGCACAAAACCAAAAAACAGCAGAGGCGGCUCCUGAAACAGCAGAAGCAGCAGCAGCAGCAGCAACAACAACAACAGCAGCAGCAACAACAGCAGCAACAACAACAACAGCAGCAACAACAACAACAGCAGCAGCAACAACAGCAGCAACAACAACAACAGCAGCAGCACCAGCAGCACCAGCAAAAACAAGACCAGCCCUGGAACGUCAAAGUCGUCCUCUCCAUCUGCCUCAUUCACCUCAACCCAGGCGUCUGCUUCGAGUUCUUCCGUAAAGAAAAAAAACGAAAGUACAUGAAUGUACACCACGCGCCACCCCCAGAAAGCCAAAGCAUGCAGCCUGUAUUGGACGCAGAGCGAAAGAGAUGCAUCGAGAAUUUGUCAUCGAAAUAUGAAACACAACUGGAGUAUCUAGUGAGGAAAAAGCUUGGGCUGUUUUCGGUGUCAAUUGAAGACGACGGCGAACACGACCAGAGGGAUCAUUUGCGGCUGAAUUUCAAUGCCGAGAUCAACUCCGAAGCAGAGUACAACAACUCACACAUCUUGGGUUUGUUCAGGCCUGCGUUCAAGAACUACGACGCCGUUCUCUGCUCGCACGAAGGGGGGGUGUAUUGCCACGUGAUGACCAAAAAAGAGUAUGAUACACGGAAGUUCAGCUAUUAUCACGCUGUGAACGACCUCGGGAUUGGUGAGUCGGUUUUGUUCGAGUUUCAUGGUUGCGGAACGGUGGAAAUCAUCGUAAAAAUCAUCAAAAUCAUUCAGAUAUUGGAGUUGGAGGAUGCAUUGAAAGAAGUGACAUAA